UGUAAGGAUACAUCACUAGUAGACUAUUCAUAUUAUCUUGUUGCGUGAUUUAAAGAUGAUGAAUUUUGCAGGCUUGCCUCAUCUUGACUAUCUUGACCUCAGUCAGAACACUCUCUCGGGCCGAAUUCCUGCAAACAUUGGUGCUCUUGUUAACAUCUCGUUUAUUAAUCUUUCCAAAAAUAGCAUACAUGGAGACAUCCCACCAUCCAUUUGUAAUCUUACAAAACUAACCUCUCUCGUUCUCUCCUUCAAUUUGUUGUCUAAUGGAUUCCCGACUUGUGACAACCUAGCAAAGCUCUAUUUAAACCACAACAAAUUAACUGGCCCAAUACCUUCUAGUUUGGUAAAUAUGACUAGAUUGGAAUCGUUGGAUAUUUCUGACAAUCUAGUAACGGGUUCUAUUCCUAGAAACAUGGGAAAUCUAAUGAGUUUACGAUUUUUGGAUUUUUCCAACAAUCAAAUCACAGGUUCCAUUGCAAGGAUAGGAAAUCUAACGAACUUACAACACUUGGAUCUUUCUAAAAAUCGAAUAAGUGGUUCUAUUCCUUCAACCUUCUCAAAAUUGAUAUCUGUAAAAACAGUGUUACUACGGUCCAAUAAGCUAAAUGGCCUAUUACCGCCAGAGUUAGGAUCUCUUGUUCAUCUCUCACAUCUGGAUCUACGUAGCAAUCAAUUUAUAGGAAGCAUUCCAACUCAGAUAGGCAAUUGUCAGUUUUUAUCGUUGUUACUCGCCCGCAACAACUUACUGGCGGGACCAAUACCACAAGAACUUGGGUUUCUUUCCGAACUAACUGAGCUUGAUUUGAGUAAAAACAAUUUAAGCGGUGCCAUCCCAAUGACUCUUUCUUAUCUUUACUGUCUGUUUAAGCUGAAUUUAUCAUAUAACAAUUUGGCUGGCAGAGUUCCAAAUAUUCAUGCAGGCGUGAUCUCACUUGACCAGUUGUCAUCUACGAUGGUGUUGACUGAGAAGUUUGACGUGUACAGCUUCGGAGUGGUUGCACUAGAAGUUGUGAUGGGAAAGCACCCAGGAGGAUGCGGGGACCUCCUGACUGCCGACGAGGAAGGAGGAGUCAGGGCCGCCUGCCCCAUACCCCCCUCCCCCAACGCCACCAAAGGCGCGGGCGCCGCCACAGACGAAGGAGAUGCGGUCCUCCUGACCGUCGACGAGGAAAGAGGAGUCAGGGCCGCCUGCCCCAGAUCCCCCUCCCCCGACGCCACAGAAGGCGCGGGCGCCGCCGCCACGCCCGAAGGAGAGAGAGCCGAGGCCGCCUGCCUCGGACCUCCUCUCCCAGCACCUGCCAGUCCCGUCAUGACCAGCGAUGCCGAUGUCGGGGAAGUGAAAGGGGAAGUGAGAGUUAGAGCCGCCUGCCCCAAGCCCCCCUCCCCCAACGCCACAGAAGGCACGGCCGCCGCCGCCACGCCCGAAGGAAAGAGAGCCUCCGGUGGAUCAACCACCGACUCCCCGUCCCCGGAACCAACCAAAGUCCUCACCGACGAUGUCCGCACGGAGCAUCCAGCCAGUGCCCCACCGGCAUCCUCAAACUCCAACAAAGGUAGUGACUGCUCAAAUGCCUCAUCAGAAUCUACCCGGUCACUCCAAAGUCUGGGAGGGGCAGAGGCUGGCUCAAAGGACCCGAACCGCAACGAGGUCAUAGGCACCGAUGGUGAAGGUGCCGGCUCAACCCCGGUCCCAUCCCCGGUCUGA